AUGGAUAAUCAAAUAGAAGAUGCCCAGAGAAAUCGGGAUCGUAGGCUGCGAGGAUUGCGUUCAAGAUCGAACGCAAUCUCGCCGAUCGAAAAAUUUGAAAACCUUCAUGAAGCGUGGAGAUUAAUCAGAGAUUUGGAAAAUUAUGGACCAGCUGGUCUGGUCCAUCUUGUUGCAUUAGCUUAUGUAACAGGUGCGGUGAUAAGAAUUUGGAAUUCGCAACAUGAAUUACAACGAACAGUUGGUAAAGAAAAUGAUGGAAUUCCGAUAGACAUAGAAUUCCAUUUAAGAGAUAAAGACAAUAUAGGACAUUGGACCUUUCGAGGUAGAGGUCAACCGAAAGAUGUUCAUAUUGAUUUAAAUAAUUGUCUUUUUUCUGUAAUCGCCGAACAAACCGGUAUAAAUGCUACCAAAUUAAGGCAAAAAACAAUACAACAAUUAAAAAGAAAUGUAAAAUUGUUAGCAAAUUAUAUAAAAGAGAUUCAAUGGUUAGAAGAAAAUAAUAGAAUAGUUUUAUUGAUUGGUGGCGCUCGAUAUAUCGGUAUAUCGGCCGCGGAUGCAUCGAAGAUCUUAGAUGAUUCACAAAAUAAGAAUUGUCAUGGGAGUUUUACAAAGGGACAUCCCAGGGGACAUGCUUCAGCCCCCUACGCUUCUGGGAGGCUCGAUAGCGUAGAAAGUUAUUCCAAAAAUGGUUGGAAAAGCGCUUUUCUGAAUAGAGAUGAUCAAGACAAGGCAGCACAUGUUGCAUUAUCUAGUCCUAAAGCUCAAAUAGCUAUGGAAAAGUUGAACAAAGGUUCGUUCUCCGAACAGGUUUACUUAAAUCUAGAUGACUUGGGUACUUCGACAGAGGAAUUUAAUAAAGGGAUAGAAUUUGUGGAUGGUUAUCCUGCCACGUCUGAAAAAUAUAUACGCCAAUUGGUUCUCGUCAUACGUCAUCAUGAGGACAAAUAUAAUGAUCCGAACGCGCCCGUUUUCGUGCAUACAUUUUAUCCAAAACUAUACUGA